CCACACGCUUUAUAAACCAGGAUACGGUUGUGUUCAUUCCCACUCGCUUCACCCACCCCACAUCUAUCGCGACAUGCGUCUCACUCUGUCGGGCCUCGCGCUCGCAGCAGCCGCGUCGACCGCUGUUCCCUCCGUCUACGCUUGGGGCGCUGCAGGCCACGAAAUAGUCGCAACCAUCGCCCAAUCCUACCUCCACCCCUCCGUCCUCCCCCAGCUCUGCACCGUCCUCAACCUCCACAACAACCCCGACUACCCACGCGACCCGGACGCGCCCCCGUGCCACAUCAGCACCAUCGCCACCUGGGCCGACAAGAUCCGCUACCUCCCCCAGUUCCGCUGGACCGCCCCCAUGCACUACAUUGGCGCCCGCGACGACUGGCCCUCUCAAACAUGCGCCUUUCCCGGCGACAAGGGCUGGUCUGGCCGCGACAGCAUCAAUGUCCUGGGCGCCAUCAGGAAUGUGAGCGGCACGCUGGAGGAGUUUGUCGCGGCCCAGCGGGAUGGGCUGGUGCACUUGAACUUCAACGGCGAGGGGGAAGACGACGACGCAGAGGAUAUCCGGACGGCGCUUAAAUUCCUUAUACACUUUUUGGGCGACUUGCAUAUGCCGCUCCAUCUCACGGGACGCGACCGCGGCGGGAACAGCAUCAAGGUCCGCUUCGACGGGCGGCUCACUAACCUGCACUCCCUGUGGGAUGGCCUGCUCAUCGCACAGCGCCUGCGCACGGUCCCGUCCAACUACACGCGCGCGAUCCCCGUGCCCGAGCUCGAGCGCAACCUCCGCGACACGAUCUACGACCCGUACAUCCGCCAGCUCGUCUGGGAGGGCGCGUUUGGCAAGUACGCUGACGAGCUCGAGGACUGGCUUAGCUGCCCCUCUGCUCCCUCUGAGUCCAACUCCAUGUUCGCGCCCUUCUCCUCUGCUACAUCAUCGCUGCUCCGCGAAGCGAUGGAGUACACGGGUCUGCACGCGGCGCACCAGGGCGCACAGCGCCUGUUCAGCUGGCUCGGUCUCAGCUCCGGUCUAGCCAAGAGCGGCUCGGAGGACCCGCACAAGUGGGACGACGAGACGCUCUGCCCGUACGCGUGGGCCGCGCCGAUCCACGCGCUCAACUGCGAGAUCGUGUUCCCGCCCGCGCUCGACGAGCCGCCGUACGGGUCGCACGCGUUCCCGCGGUCGUAUCCCGCUGCGCCGCAUGUCGAGGGGCACGGGUGUGCGCAUGCACAUGCGCACGAGGAUCUUUUCGAGGAGGAAGGCGAGGUAGGGGUAGGGGCAGAGGCGGAGGGGAGGAAGAGCAAGUACAUUGAGCUUGAUACGCCCGAGUACGCAGGCGAGUUGCGUAGGCGAUGGGUUGUGGAGCGGCUGUUGCUCCAGGCGGGUGUGCGGCUCGCGGGCACGCUUAAUUAUCUGUUUGCGGAGGAGGGCGCGCUGGAGGGGCGCGUGAGGGCGCUGGGUUUGUAGAUUGCGAUAGCGGGUGGGGUUUUGUAGGAGGGUGGAGGGGGUUGGGACUCGGGAUACCCGUGUGGAUACCCUUCCGGGUCUUUGUCUUGUCUUGUCUUUGGACGAACCGCCCGGUGAUCGUGGUAGUAGGUAGUAAUAGAUGAGUCGGAGGUGCACCCAAGAAUGAAGGAUAAUUCGCGUCGAUGGACGCGGUAAUGUGUAUAGUAAUAGUGACACUUGUACAUACAUAUUUUUGUACCUAGUUAGAAGAGAGUGACGGUCUUGGUACCUAUACCAGUGGUUAUGCGCUGGGAUCAGAGUGUGGG